GCACACCGGGGAUUUCCACCCAAGCGCUAGUUUCCUUCACUUGUUUUGCUUUCGAUCUGAAGACCGAAAUCAAUCCCAUUUGACUUUUCGUUUUGAUAUCAAGGACUACAAAUUGUCGAGACUCCUUUACGCACUCUUUCUUUUUAUUUCUGGAGUGAUUUCCGCACGUCGCAGGUCAGCAUGCCGGUGGAGAGAAUGCGCAUGAGGCCGUGGUUGGAGGAGCAGAUAAACUCUUGUCAAAUACCGGGACUUAAAUGGGUCAACAAGGAGAAGAGAAUAUUCCAGAUUCCGUGGAUGCAUGCGGCGCGGCACGGAUGGGACGUAGAGAAAGAUGCUCCUCUUUUUCGAAACUGGGCCAUACAUACAGGGAAAUAUCAACCAGGUGAUAAACCAGACCCCAAAACAUGGAAGGCCAACUUCCGCUGUGCCAUGAACUCCCUGCCCGACAUCGAGGAGGUGAAAGACAAAAGCAACAAAAAGGGAACGAACGCCUUCAGGGUGUACAAAAUGCUGUCAGCGUCUGAGAAACAAUCAAAGAGAGGAAAAAAGAGAGCAAUUGAAAAAGAAGAAAAGUUAAAGGUAGAGCGGCUGUGCUCCAUGUCCUCCAGCUGGGAGAACAGUAACGGCUCCUCUCCAUGCAAAAGCCUGGUAACAGUGAAGCAGGAGGCCGAUCACUCAGAGGACCAUCUGAUCAUCAACGAUCUGCCCGACGUCUGUCAGACCAUCGAGGUGGUGACAGAGAACGAGGAGCAGGCCGUGACCUCCAGUGACCUUUACCCUUUACAGAUCUCCCCCAUCUCCUCAUACGCUGAGAGCGAAACGGACAGCGCCAGCGAGGAAGACUCCAAAGAGCGGAUCCAGGCCUUAAUAUUCCGCAACGAAGACAAAAAGAUGCGUUUCCCUCUGCCCGGCAUGUCCUCCUUCAUUUCUCCAGACAAACCCAACUUCAAGAUCACCACCGUCCAAGACUCGCCGCUGCCCUUCGCUGUCGGGACAUCCUGGAGCCUCUUCCCCACACCGUCCCACAAACCCGGUCCCUCGGGCCAAGCGACAGCCCACGAGAAACGGGCCAGCGUCAUCAUGAAGACCUCGGACGUGUCCAAAUCCUCCGUCAAGAGCUGCUGAGGGUGAUUCCAGUCGACUUGACUACGACACUACCAUCCUUACAGGACCUACCAGCUCACGAGACCAUCCCAUAAGAGGUAACCCAGAACUCCCAGAUGGGGCGGGAUGUGUGAGCGCAAAAUUCAGGGAGAUUUGGAGCGCGGCGUAUCCGCACGCUGAUCUGAAGCCAUUGUGAAUGUGUAUAUAUAGUGGGAUCAUUGCCUAAUUGCCUUUAGCACCUUAUGGAUGAGCACUGGCCGCCAUAAUCAGUGACUUUUCGAUGUUUAUGUGCGCUGGUAAAACCGCGUAAUCG